AUGAUACCAGUAUUAAAUACUAAUGUGGGGCUAGUCAUAGAUAAAUUCACUGAACCAUUGCCGUUAGUUGCAGAUUCAUGGUUUGAUUUUACUCAAAAUAACAUCAGAGGCUCUUUUAGUUAUAGUGUUGUUUCAAUCAUAUAUGCUAUUGCUGUGUCUGCUGUCAUAACUUGGUUUUUGACCAUUUUUGUCCUUACAAAUUAUACCAUCAAACCUUCUUGGCUUUUAAAAGCUUCUACUUUAUUAUCAUCUGUUUACAUGUUAGUCGUUGUUAUAAAAUCAAUUAUUAUUUUACACGUUCAACAAAGAGAAGGUUAUUUACAUGGAGCGAAAUUAUUAAAUGAAAUAAAUGGAAAUAAAGCUAUAAAUAUAAUUGAUCUUAUAGUAGUCUUAUUAUUACAAGUAAAUCAAGUUCAAAUUAUUAUGAGAUUAUUUCAAAGACAAAAAGAUAAAAGAUUGACAUUUUAUAUUGGAUUAUUUGCUACUUUAACAUCUCAAGUCAUAUGGGGAGUAUCACAAUUUUAUUCAUUUAGUACAAAUGAUGAAGCUGGUGAUAUAUUACCUGCUUUUAUUUAUUUGGUUAGAAUUGCUAUGGCUUUAUGUUAUUCAGCCAUUAUAACUGUUUAUUUCAUAAGUAAAAUACAAAUCAUUAUAGCGAAUAGAAGAAUUUGGCUUUUGACAUUAUUGACAUUAAUUUUGAUUUAUAGUCCUGUUGCUUUUUUCAUUGCUGAUGUUUCAAAUGCUUUUAUAUAUGAGUUAUCCGAAGUUUUUUCAGUUGUAAAUUAUGUGAUUGGAGUCGUUAUACCGUGGGAGUGGUGUAAUAAGUUUAAUUUAAUCAUGAAAGCAAAAGAAAAAGAAGGGGUAUUGGGUAGAAGAUUUUAUGAAGAUGAAUCAUAUGAGCUAGAUAGAUUUGAAUUAUUUGUGGAAGAGCAAAUUCCACGAGAUGGAUCUGACGAUGAAGGAAAUGAUGAUGAUGAUGAAAACGGAAAUGCCAGAAGGACUGACAAUGAAAACAAUGAACAUGCAAGACUAACUCAAGAGUACAAAACACGACUGACGUCAUCACCAACGAAAGAAAAUAAUUCAAAUAAAAUAUUUAAAGCUUAUCAAGCUUCAAAAUUAGCUUUCAUAUCACUUACAGAUAGUAUUAUAGCUGCUGGGUUUGCUAUUCCUAGAUCUGUAAGUGUUUCGACCCAAGCUUCCAAUAGAGUUGAAAAUAAUGGGGAAAAUCACGGAAAUUCAAACACAAUUACUAAUACAUCAAACUUGAAUUCUCAAAGACCACACAAUGUAGAAAUGCUGAAUUCAAAUUCAAAUUCAAACUCAGCUUCUUCAGAAACUAAUGUUGCAUCAUUAAGUACAAAUCCGAAUAGAAAUAGAAGAAAUAUUUAUGUUUACGCUAAAAAGGAAGUGGUUGUUGAUUUGAGUGAUGAAGAAAAUUAA